AUGCUUCGCCGUACCGCAACGGACUCGAGCACUUCCAGCCCUGGUGGCUCGUUCACCGCUACAGACAACCGCGACCAGCCGUACCCUGCACCCAGGACACCCACGAAACUCAUGAAAACUCGCUCCGACUCUAUCAUAGACCUGACACUUGGGUCGCCCUCCUCACACCCGCUCUCUCAAAAGUUCCAGAGCCUGGACGACAUAUCCAUAUCCUCGCCUCCACAUCCCGUGCGUCCCACUGCUGCCGCAGCCAACAUACGAACCUAUGCCGGCAAGAGCCGUUCCUUCCUCGUCGCACUCCCCGCCGCACAGCUAGGCGUGGGCGGGCUCUCUCGAUCUAACUCUGAUGCCGCAGGGCUCGACGACAGCGGCCUACUGGUUGGAAGCCAGGAGGACGAGUUCGACGUACAAGAGUCUUACACGGACAGGCGCAUACGAUGGGGCGUGGACAACUCAGAGGACGAUCCGCGUCCGUGGUCUCCGCCGCCGGAGUCUGCUAGCCCGAGCAAGAGGAAAGGAAAGGGCAAGCAAACCGAGACCCCUCCCGUUCCCCUCCCGAACGGGAUGAUGAACGACCUGAAGAGCAUCACGGAGCUGCGGAGCAAGGGCGAGAGCCGGAGGUUCUUGGACGAGGUCGGCUAUCUGUUUGAGGGCCUCGAAGCGAACUCGCCCUCGAGCGUGCGCAGAGCGAGUGCUUUGGAGAUAGUCACCAAGCUGUGUGAGCCAGAUUUCGCAAGGAAGGCCAAGGCCGCGGACUUUCUCGAACGGACAUGGCAGGUGCUUCGGGAGGCUGGCGCAGGGAAAGGGGACAAGGUCAUGGACACCAUCCUCGCUUUCUACGCCGCUCUGGUCUCACGAGACACUCGCGACCUCACCGACCUGGCGGGGCGAUCCGACUUUGUCUCGGCCUUGUAUAACAUGCUAGAUGGCCUGGAGCGCUCCAACGAUCCUCUGUGGCUGAUUUCGUGCAGUCUGAGCGAUGCCGAGCUGAGAAGGGCGGGCAUCCAGAGGGUAGACAAGACGCUGCUCGUGGGGCUUGAGAAGCUAGUGAGAAAGAAGUCUGGUUUGUUCGAAUCCGGCGAGACAAUAUCAACUCGACUCCUUAUAUCGACCGCCCUAGUGGCGCUUCCGUCGUCCUGUCAAAACACAACGCACGUCUCAUCGCUCCUUCGCACCUUCCAACACGAGCUCGCCCCACUUCCGUCCCGACUGUCGGCCUACGAAUCUGGCUUGCCCAUCCUAUCUCCACCGUCUGCGUCAUCAAGCUUGGAUACGCCAAGUUUCGGACACGCGGAUAACUGCCUGCGACUGCUAGAUUCCUACCUAUUGGGCACAUGGACGAGCAGUGAGUCCUCGCAAGGGUCCAACACCGACACGAGACUUGAUCCCGAGCGCGAGGAGGACCUUGCACCAAGGAUAGUGGGCUUGUGUAACGUGUGCGAUGUCGCGGCGAGAGAUCCGGAACACGAGGGGCACUCAGUGACAGCCUACAGAUGCAUGGAAUCUGCCCUUCGAGUCCUCAUCAGCCUGACUCAUGACGACGUCCAGUGGUGCCAAGCUGUACUCAGCGGCCAGCUGCUCUUGCUGGUUGUGCGUCUCAUCGUACAGUCACAGCGACACUACGUAUCUGGCAACCAGCUAUUGAAACAAGAGCAGGACGUCGAGACCGAAAUCGACGACGCAAUCGCUGACGGCGAGCACGCGGCUACGUCUCUGGAUCGACAAUGCCUCGCUCUCGGGCUCCUCACUAACCUCGCCCAGAUUUCGCACGCCGCCAAAGACUCCCUCCGCACUACGAGGCUGAGCUUCCAUUGUGCUGGCAAACCUGCCUGUACAACAACUUGUCGUUGUGGCUCGCGCGUCAGCGCACUCUCCUGUUUGGCUCUCGUCUACUCGCAGUAUACCAAGUCUGAGACAGAGGACGGCGUGGAGUCUAUCAUUCGCGGACAUAUGGCUGUCCUGUUCGGCUUGCUCAUGCGCGAUUGCCGAGAGAACCAACGCGUUCUGCUAGACGCACUCCCUGGGACCUCGAACAAACAGAAACUCGAGAAACUCGCUGAACACGCACGAGACUUCACGAGCUUCUAUGUCGACUUCACUCGGCGGGUAUCACAAGUCGUCCAAAAUCAGUCUCAAUCUCAGUCCUUGGACUUGGACGACGAUGGGCCGAUGGAAGACUUCGGUGGCUUCGCUAUUAGCGAGGACGAUAGAGUUGGCAAGAUGUUGAGUGAUUCGCACGGGGCGGCGGUCGCUAACGAUGUGGUCACUUUCCUGGGGACGUUGAUACGGAAUAGUCGAUGA